GUACAACUUGAAGCUAAGAUCUGACCACCAAAAGCUCCCACAUCUGCAGCUUUCAGGGUAGUUGGCAGCUAACCAGAAGCUUCCUCUCUUGCUAUAACAAGGAGCAGCAAGCCUAAACAAAGCGCUGUCCUUUGAAGGAGGUGGAGGACUAUAAAAUCCACAGUUUGUUCUCGCUGAUGUGAAGGCAUUUGUUUCACUCCAGGGCCGUUGUGUAAUGGCUGCUCGCGGGUUUGUAUCCAUUGUGGCCGUCUACAUCCUGUUGGCUCGUCAGGCUCAGGCAAAAAACGACGCUCCCUGCCAGCGCUCCAAAUGGAACAGCGGCUACAACACUUUCAUCAAGCGUCACGUCCGCUCGGGGCUCCCCGCCUCUCUGGAUCAGAACGAGUGGAGAAACUAUAUCAAAAACAAUGGGGGUUGCGAUAGACCCACACAGUCCUUUCUGGAGCCAAAAGACCUGGAUAGGGUGAGGGCCGUGUGCUCCAACAGUGGCGGGAAGACAUACAAGGACAACCUGUGCAUCAGCCAGGAACCCUUCUCUUUCGUCACAGUCAGGAGUGAGCACGGGACAUGCGGGAUCAGAAACAUCGUUCGGGAAACCAAACAUCUGAUCCUGGCCUGUGAGGUGCUGGAAAACCAGUGUGUGCCUGUCCAUUUUGAGGGAAACCCUAAAGAUGCAAGGCCCAGCAACAAUGCAAAAGGCUGCCAAGAUCCAGAUAUUAAAGGCCACGCGUCUAGCUUGAAAACAACAUGGUUGUGGUGGUUGGCUAGUGUGUUUGCCAUUAUGUAUGCCUAAAUUAAGAAAUCACAGAAGUUUCUUCAUUUCAACAUUUUGGAAUUUUCGUGCCCAAUGACCUGCAUUAAAGAUCUUAACCACAAAAUUUGACCCUACAUGUAUUACAUUAAUGCGGGCAUUUAAGACUGUGCUAUUUCGAUGCUAAGCUUGUUCAUUUCAUAAGUGAAGAUUUCACUGGUGUUGUAUUUAAACAUGACUAAUAAAAAGGGAAUUUGGGGUUUAUUCUAAUGCCCCUGGAACUAAACUGCAGAAGACCUCAUCUUUUCAAAAGGUUUAUGUAUGUGAAAAUAGGAUCCACUGUUUACAGUACAUCUAAUCCCGGUUCUACCUCAGUUGAUAUUCUUUACAGCCUGUCAUGACCAAUAGAAAGUCAAAAAAUCCCAAAGGCUGAGCAAUGGUGCCCGUUUCAUAGUUCUUCAUCGCAGUUUACAUAGCGACACAUGGCUUUUUAAAGUUCGAAACUAGUGUUACACCGAUACCAUUUUUGGCCCCGAUACCGGGCUGUGCAGUAUCGGCCGAUACCGAUACCAUACCAAUUCCACCCCGUUUAUAUAUAUAUAUAUUUUUUCUCCCUCCCCAAAG